AUCAUAAAGAUUACACUAGCGUUGUUAGUAAAACCCCUUUCGCAAAUGACAAAAGACGAAGCUUACCACCUCAAAUGACAAAACCUCUGACAAAACCUGCAAAACCUGCAAAAUCUGCGAAACUUUCAUAA